UCCCUUGCUCCCCGAACCCCCUUGUGCCUUGCUGUCCGGCGUGGGCAUAAAGCCGCCGAUGACACUUCCUGUAGGAACCAUGGGUUUCCCGUCCCCAUUUUUGUGCAGGAGCCCUCAUCGCCGAGUGACCCGACGGCCGUGCCGCGCUCCGGCUUCCCGGACGCCCGCGCGCACGCGCCGUUGCCACAGCAAGCCAAAGGCUGAGCUUUUGGCCACGUCACGGCUGUGUGCACCACGAACACGCACGCCUCGUGAGCACGCACACGCACACCGGCCACAGCCUUGCCCUUAGCCUCGCCCAUCGUCGUGUUGUGCCACUACGGCAAAUCGCCGAGCACCGCGCGCACGUCCAGCCGCUGGUUUGCACCUGCACACUCACACGCACCACGGCGAGCCCCAACCAAAGGCCGAGCCUUCAUGCCUGGCUGCUCACGCGUGCCUCACCACGGGCACGAAACCAUAGCUACCGCCGCCAUGGCACAUCGCACGCACACAUGCACACUCGUGCUGGUCGCAAGGCCAAGAUUUUGGCCUUGCCAAACCAAGCCGACGCCCACGCGCGCACACCACGUCGCGCGUUGUCGUCGCCACGACGUCGCGUUCGCCACGCACCCGACCCUGCCGAGCUCACGCGCGAACCGCUUCGCCCUCGCCUCGCCGGAGCAGACCCGCCUCGCCGCCUUGCCUUGUCUGGCCGAACGCCGCCGCAGCUUCCUGCGCACGUGCGUGGCCGUAACUAAGGCUGGACGAAAAACUCUUGGCUCGAUAGCUCGCUCGGCUCGGCUCAUUAGUGGCUCGGCUCGGCUCAGCUCAUAGAAAAAUAUAAACGAGCCAAGCCAAAGUUUUGGCUCGGUCUCUUAUCGAGCCAGCUCGCGAGCAGCUCGCGAGCCGCAACGAGCCAGCGCUCAAAUCUAGCCGGCCCAGCAGCCCAGCUUCGACUCGAUGAAAGUGAAACCCAAAGCCUACCUCUCCGGCUCUCCCAGUCCCACACUCCCACUCCCACCUCUGCGCGGCGGCUGGGCGACUCGCGAGUCCCGUCGCCUCCCCCGACCUCGCCCCCGUCACCUCGCCCGUCCGGUCGUCCCCGGCAGCCCGGCCCGCCCCUCCAACGACCCGCCUCCGGGGGCCGGCGCCCUGCCCUGCGGCCUCGCGGCCGGCGCCCCUGCGCGCGGCGCGCCUCGCGGCCGGGGGCCGGCGCCCUCCCUGCGGGCUACGGCCUCGGCGCCUCGCCCGUCGCCUCCCCCGACCUCACCCGUCCGGUCGUCCCCGGGAGCCCGGCCCGCCCCUCCAACGACCCGCCUCCGAGGGCCGGCGCGCUUGUGUGCCUCGCGGCCGGCGCCCCUGUGCGCCUCGCGGUCGGGGGCCGGCGCCUUGCCCUGCGGCCUCGCGGCCGGCGCCCCUGCGCCCUCACCCCCCGCUGGACCCGCUCGGCGCGACGACGGCUCCUCCAGCUGCAGGCCCCCUCUCCCCGCAGCCAUGGAGGAAGACCCUGGACAUCUUGUUGCGCCACCAGCCCGCAGCCAUGGAGGCAUCUGGCUCUGCUAGUGCUAGCUGGCUGGGUUUUUUUUUGAGCUGGCUCGUGAGCCAAACGAGCCAGCUCGAGCUGCCAAACGAGCCGAGCCGAGCCUGACUUUCAGCUCGGCCUGAUAACGAGCCGAGCCGAGCCAGCUCGUUACCAUAACGAGCCAGCUCGAGCUGAGCCGAGCCGAGCCGAGGCGGCUCGACAUCCAGCCUUAGCCGUAACCCGCGUUGAGCUUUUGUCUCGCCGCCGUGUCGCGACCUGGCUUCCCAGGUGCUCACGCGCGUGCAUGCCUUGAACCCGACCUCGCCACCGCCUGGAGAUCUGCCCGGCCCCGUCUCGACGCAGAGGAAGCACAUGCACACCCGCGGCCUUGCCAUGCUUGCUCAGUCCAGCUAACCGCCCUUGCCCUACCCGAGCCGGAGGAGAACCAAGCAGCGUCGCUGCCGCAGGAGGACCCUCGCCGCCGUCGUGGUCCGGCACGCUAGAGAAAGAGGAGGAGGUCAGCGUCAGCGGGAGAAGAAGACAAAAAAGGAGGAGAAAAAGGAAAGAAGAAAAAGAAGAGAGAAGAGAUGGGCCGCCAAUGCCCCGAAGGCCCAGUCUACUAGUCGAGCCGAGCCGGCCUGCCGAUCCGAGCGAGCCGGUCUGCUGAGCCAGCGACCCAAGCCAGCCCGUCUAACUGAGCCGAACCGAGCCGGCCCCUCGUCGCCCCAGCCGCCAGUCCGAGCUGGCCUGUUAAACGGAGCCGCAGAUCGAGCCAAACCUAAGCCAGCCUUCAAGCCGCCGCCCGAGCCGACCCUAUAACCCAAGCCGAGCCUUGUUGGGCCACUUGCACACUUUCGGCCCGACAACGACGUAAACCUUUCCCUUUUUCUUUUUCUGGUUUAACCCUUACACGCGGGCCCCGCUUGUAAGUCUCUUAUGAGAGGCUGACCUGUGGGACCACUAACUCGCGGACCCCACUGACCCGGUUGACCAGCCAACGGUCAAUGUUGACUUGGUCAACGCUGACCUCAGCAGGGCCCACUGCUAACCUUAGUAGAGCUGACCCCACCUGGUGACGUCAUGCUGACGUCAUCGUGCUGACGUGGCACGCUCCGGUGCUGCCAUGUGUCACCUCUGUGUUUUCCUUUUACGAUAAUCAUUUGUUAAUUCCAGAAAAUGCUUUAAUCUUAGUUAAUUCAUAUUAAUUCAACCAGAGCUCCGAAAAUUAUGAAACCAGUUUCAUAAUUCUUCUAAAAUCAUUAACUACGCGUUAGAAUAGGUCUUGUUGUGAGUUGGGUCUUAUUUGAGCAGUUUUGUGCAUUCUUGCACUUUAGCCCUUGUAUUUAUACGUAAUUACGAUUAGGUCCUGAUGAGAAGGAGUUGAUCAAUGUUUCGAGCAACCAGCGGAUCCAGAAGGACUACCUCGACACCAGGAGGAUCCAUAAGGACGUACCGGACGACUAGAAGACGUCAGAGACCGAGGAAGACUACGAAGAGCUGCUAGGUGUCGACAACGAUUGGGAUUGGCCUGCAAUGUACUUCACCGGAAAUCCAGAUUGGUCCAGCAGGGCGCGUCAACACGUACGAAAGAGGUCUAUGCAAGCUGCUAAGCUUUCGGAAGGUGGUGGGUCAUCACAAGUACCGCCGGAGGUGGUUGGUGGGGGUUUUUACAGGAGGCCUGUCCUCGAAUGGCUGCUUAAUAUUCUCGAAUGGCUGCUUAAUAUUCGAAUAUAUCUGUUGCAAUGGUUAUUAGAACCAUUUUUUGAGUUCAUCACGAUCAUGACGAGUCGUCGUCCGGUGGCGGUACGGGUCAGGCCCGAGAUUAAUCAGGAAUUAUUAAUACGCCAGCGUGAUGACGAGGCCAUGAAGUGGGUUCUGGACUCCGGUGCGUGGAUCCACCAUACCUCCAACCUGGGCCUCCUGCUUGACGGCGGCGGCUUCCAGUUUCAGGAUGAGAUAGACAACAAAGAAAAUGCUAUGACGCCGACGAGUGGCAAUAACGACGACGCCCCACAUGUCCAUGUCCAGGGCCGCGGGUGUGUACGGACGGAGUGUUUUGAGUUUCCAGGCGUCUGUUUUGUUGACGGGGACGAUGCAAGAAGGAAUGUUGUCUCAGUGUCUCAGCUCGCUCGUGACCAUGGCCUGGUCACGGUCUUUGAGCCAACGUCUUGCCACGUCAAAGAUAAGAAGACCGGGCAGAUCGUUGGCGAGGGCCGCUUAUGCAACGGCAUGUACAUGCUGGAUUCUCUGCGCAUCGUCAGCCAAUGCAUAGGAGAUGGAGGAGGAGAAAGUGGACGCAAUCGCCGUGAUGGAGCGGAUGGAGGAGGUGGUGGAGGUAGAGACCACCAAGAACAAGGUAAUGGAGAAGGCGAUAGCAUGGCUGAAAGGCGUGGAGGAGGUGGAAGAUAUGGUAGUAGGGGAGGAGGAACAGAGACUGGAGCUAGAAACCAGGAAGAAGCCAGUGGAAGUGGAGCCACUAGUGGAGAUGUUAACGAAAUAAAUGAGGACAGUGAUGAAAAAGAGAUCCAGGAAAUGAAUGAGAACGACAAAGACGAAGUAAAGGAGAUUGGAGAAAUAAACGACAAAGGAGAAGGAGGAGGAGGAGGAGGAGGAGGAGGAGAAGGAGAAGCAGAAGGAGGAGAAGGAGAAGGAGGAGAAAGAGGAGGGCAAAAUUUUGGACAAUUUUCGUCUCCACCGCACACGGGCUUGUUUGGCAUGUCACGAUUAGCUUGCAUAUUGUGGAUUGUUUGCAUAUUCUGCAUUGCAGCUUGCAUACUGCUACCGUAUACAAGCUGGGGGGCAGGAGUAACAAUCUUGUAUAUGGACUUCCACAGUCUAGCUGGAUUUUGGGUCCUGUUUAUUUUGGGCUUGCAACUUUUAAAAACCUGCAUGAUGCAAUCCACAAUCAGCAAGCUAAAACAGAUAAGGUCUUUGCUUCGAGGAACAAGUGGAGACGGCGGAAAGAGUAAAGAAAAAAAAUGGGGAGCUUAUCUCCGAGAAUUAUCUCAUCAAGAGUGUAACAAGCAAUUGUUUGGGCUAUCGCGAUUUGAUGCGACUACGGACCCGACUGGGUACCGGUGCUGCCAGCUUCCCGCCGAAGCAUUUCCAACGUCGACGACAACACGCCUGGAAGAAUUUCUAGUGGACUCGGGCGCAUCCUUGCACGUGACAUGGAAAGGGUUUAUUCUAUUUCACUACCCUCAGUAUCUAUGAAAUCAUACCAAGCCACCGACACGAUAUUUCCAAGGGAUUGCUGGAUCUGUAGCAGUCACAAGAUCUGGCUACUUGAAUGGCGAUAAUAUCAUGCUUGACGGCGUACUGCUUGCUCCCGAUUCUCGGGUGAACCUUGUCUCGGUUGGCCAGCUCUCGAUCCAGUACGGGGUGCGAGUGGAAAUGGACGAUGUGGGGGUUAUCAUUAAGAAGCAGGAUGGGGUACAGAUUGGGGGAGGCAGUAUGCUCGGCAACCAUCUGUACGUGCUGGAAUAUUUCCAGCCAGGAGGUCUAUUUGCUCACAGCGCCACACCACACCCCAGGACCUUCGGUAGAUUUCCAUAAUAGAAGAGCUGGUUUGUUUCCAUUGUGUGCAUGCUCUCAAGAUCCAGUCCACCAGCAUUGUACUUUCCUACUGAGUACCGAUUACACACUGUGUUGUGCUUGUGCUGUUUCAUCAGAUAUUAUUGUCAUUGGGCAUCAGUUAAAUAUGCCGUGAAAUCUCCAGUUUUUUUUUAUUUUUAUAUACAGAACACUGGGAGUAGUAUAUGUACACGACUGUUGGGCACCAUUGAUCUGGACCAUGUUAGUGUGCCUGAUUAAGUGAUUUGUGGCCGGCAUUGCUGUGUUUCCUUUGCGGGGCCAGAUUGUGCGUUCAUAUCCUUGAUGGCUUGAUCUGAAUAAGUAUGUAAUAUGUUGUUACGGAGGU